AUAGACAAAUUGCUCUGUGAACUUGAAGGGUUAUAGGCGGUGUAGGAGAAAAGGGUUAGAUUGACCACGGAGUAAGUUUAUACAGGGAAGAUCGCCAGUAUAAUGCUCUUUCAGCAGUUUGUUUGUCUUUGCUGCAGCUCCCCUUUAUCUUCCAGAACUUGUGACUCUGCUUGCAGGGAGCAAGAGUUGGAGAGGUCGAGUGUGGAAGCGGACGCCGCUGACUUUCGUUUAUUUUCCGAGCUCUGUGGCUCUUUCGUUUUCCAUACGUCACCCUUGUUUACAAACGGCUGGGUUUCGAUUGCGGAGCGCCGGGCGUGUGAUACCGCACCCUUUCCGUGGCUGCAGGGCCGGCUCCGCCUGCACCCCAGUCCGGUGAUGAGCCUCCGCUGCAGCCGGGACAUGGCCAGCUCCUUCGGCUCUGCUCUAUACAAGCAAUGGGCGAAAAGGGUCUUCGCAAUCGAGUGCGAGAGCAGCGCCGACCCGCUGUAUUUUGCCCUCAGCCCCAACUCCGAGAGCCCCUGGGAUGAGAACAGCAAGCUGCACCAACUGCUUAGCCGAGCUCAGACCUACUCGCUCUGCAUCGCCUCUGAAAACAGAAUCCGGGGUGCAGAAACCUACAUGAACCUGCAGAGCAAACUGACCAGGCUGCCCGAGACAUGCCGUGUCAUGGAACUGACGGCGUUUUUCCCCAACCAGGAAGGAUCUUCGAUCAAAGGGUUUCUGGUGCAAGAUGACCGAUGCUGUCAGAGCACCGAACGUGUCCUGCGGGACCUGCUGCGGGAGAGUGGGCAGAGCUGUCUGUGCACCUACAGGACGGGCGAGGAGGGCAGGAUAUGGCAGAGCCUGGGGCUUCUCAGUGACGGACAGCAGAAGGAGAUCCUCAGAAACUGCUUGUCUCUGACCCAAACGCCGGAGCUUCACCCCUCAGUGUUAAACAUCAAAAACUCUGUCGUAUUCUAUAAGUAUGAAGAUGCAUAUAGCGUUCUCAAGGAGUGUGUGGAAUUGUUUCCUGAAGCCAAGGAGGUUCUGCAAAUAGUGAAUCAAUAUAAUGGGACUUCCAAAAAGGGCCGCCAUCCUGUUAUUGUGAUUGAAGGACUUGAUGCAACAGGAAAGAGUACUUUGACUGAGGCUUUAAGAGAUUCGAUUCAAGCAACACUUUUAAAGUCACCACACGACAGUAUUGGCCAUUUGAGAAAAACAUUUGAUCUAAAACCACCUCUCAUUCGGCGAGCCUUUUAUACUUUGGGCAAUUACAUAACCGCCUCUGUCACAGCAAAGACAUCGGAAACAUCUCCAGUAAUCGUGGAUCGGUUCUGGCACAGCACUGCUGCAUAUGGAAUCGCAACCGAAGUAAGUGGGAAAGUGGAGAACCUGCCUCCCCAUCGGCAUGAAUUAUACCAGUGGCCACAAGAUCUGCUUCAACCAGAUUUGGUGCUCUUGCUUACAGUCAGUGCAGAGGAGAGGAUCCGUCGUUUGGAACAUAGAGGAGAGAUGAAAACCAAGGAAGAAACUGAGCUGGAGAGAAACAAUCUGUUUCGACAAAAGGUGGAAGCAACUUACAGAAGAUUGGAGAACCCAUCUUGUGUGAUAGUCGAUGCCAGUGCAUCAAAGGAAGAGGUGCUCAAAACUGCACUUCUUCUAAUUGAAAGACACUGUGGUAUUAAAAGGACUUGACUUCUUACUUUAAUAUUUUCUAGCUACUUAAAUUGAGUCUAAAGUGUAUUUCAUGUGAUCAGAGCUAUGACUUUGCAUGAAAAUAAUACCGGCACCUUUUUUCUGUUAUCGAUAUAUACUGGAGGUAAGGCAUGCAAAGAUGAGAUGCAGUCAAUAAAAAGAUGAACAAAUUAGAUUGUGCAGUAUGUUUCUAAAUGACGGAAAAUACUCCUGCAGGUGAGGACUUUACACACCAUAGUAUGUGUCAGCCCUAUUCCUUUGCCAAAAAGCACUACAGCUCCCUAUUUGAUCAGCUGGCAGCUUCACCACUUUGCAUUAACCCGGUAGAGUGGGUUACCUGCCUCUACGGAACAUGUUUGUCUUCCUUUGAUUCUACAUUAGAUCCCGCAGUAGGUAGAUACUGUAUUGUGGCAGAUCACUACCCCAUUGCAAAGAAGGAUCAUGUUCAUGGCUUAUGAAGUUUCUUCUCCAAUCCAAGUAAAUAGUGACAUUCACAGUGAUCAAACAUCUAAAUAGGCAUGGAGAGAAGUCAGCCCGACACCUUAGACCAGGUGUUACCAACCUUUUUUAUACAUGGACCCCUACCAUUAAUCAAAGUGCCUGUGGAUCCCAGAUUGGGAAUCCCUGCUGGAGACACCAUGAAAAGCAGAUGGUCCUGGCAAAGUUCUAAAAAACUCAAAAUAAUUGGAGCACUGUAGCCACUGGACUCUGAUUAUGUCUCCACUAGACUGGCUCAAAGUUAUGCUGAGAUAGUUGGCACAGUGCACUACAUGCCUGAUGCUGAAUUAAACCAAUUGCUUUGAUGUAGGUUAAAAUUUGCUCCAUAGCAAAGGAAGGAGAUGCCAAAUCUUGAAAAGUGAGAACGUGCUUCCACAAAGUGCCUUGCAAAUGAUGUAGUCCACACAGUUUCAUUGUAGUACAUGGAUGUAAGGGUUACAAUGAGCUAUGUUAAAAUCUCAUAUUGUUAUUAUACUUUAGAUUUUGGAAGUUCCAUUAACUUUCGUCCCAAUUGAAACUGCACCCGUCUCCACCUCUGUACUAUGUCCUACCCUGCCCUACAGUAAACUGUAUAUUGAAUCUAUUGAUUACCUUUAUUGUAUAUGAUCAUCUGUAAUCUGGCCAUAUUUUGUCUGGAAUAAAUGUAUAUCUACCAGCCUUUAUAUAUUGAUUAGUGUGUGGAAUGAUCUGGAAUUGUUCAAGUUGUGUUGCUAUUGUGUCAGUAAUGCUCUGGUACAGUACUCCUCCUGUGGAGGUUAGAGGGAUUGGAGUGACAUCCAAGUUGGCAAAUAGGAUAGCCAUUUCCUGAAAAAAAUGUUUUCAAAAGAAGUGAAAACAGAACUGAGAAAAUAGCAUGUAAAUAAUUCCUAAAAACCCAUUAUCCCCCAUCAAUACAUUUAAAUGAUUAUUUCACUUUGACAGUCCUGCUCACUCAAAUUUGUUUCAACUGUUUUGCAAUGCGAAGUGCUUUUGUGCCUCCAAUAUAGUAGAUGUGACAAUGGGUGUUCCUGUGAUGCUCAGCAGCAAGUGUGGGUGCACUGUACUCUGAAGGAACGAUGUUUCUACAAGUGGGAUCUGUAGAAUGUGACAGGUGACACUUGUAUCGGAGAGGGACCAAUAUUCUUGUGGGCAGGUUUACUAGAGUCAUCGGGAGUGGUUUAAACUAAUAUGGCAAAGGGAUAGGAACCAGUAUGGUAGAGCUGAGGAUGAGCCAGCAGGUUUACGAGUAGAUGUUGGGUGUAACAUGAAUAUAGUAAGGAAGACCAAUGAAUGUAAAAAAGGACAAGCCAAUGAUUGAGUACAAAUGCAGACGGAGCAAAAGGUUAGAUUUACCACAGAGGCAAAAUUCAAAAGGGCGAAGAAUGCAGGAAUGAAGGUGCUGUAUUUAAAUGCACGUAGCAUUUGGAAUAAGGUGGAUGAACUUGUGGUGCAAUUAGAGAUUGGUCGGUAUGAUAUUGUGGGCAUCACUGAGUCAUGGCUGAAAGAAUGCCAUCGUUGGGAGCUUAACAGCAAAGGAUAUACUUUGUGUCAAAAGGAAAGACAGGAAGGCACAGCCGGUGGUGUGGGUCUACUGGUAAGAGAUGGAAUUACAUCUUUACAAAGUGGUGAUGUAGGGUAAGGGAAUGUUGAAUCUUUGUGGGUGGAGUUAGGAAACUGCAAGGGUGAAAAAAACAUCAUGGAAAUUACACGUAGGCCUCCAAUAGUAGCUAAGAGGUAGGGCUGAGAUUGCAAAGGGAGCUGGAAAUAGUAUUUAAUCAGGGUAAUGACACAGUUGUAAUGAGGAACUUCAAUGUGCAAGGGGAUAGGGAAAACUAGAUUAGUGUCAGAGCGCAAGAGGGGGAAUUUGUUGAAUGCCUACGAGAUGGCAUUUUAGAGCAGUUUGUGCUUGAGCCUACUCAGGGAAAGGCUAUCUUCGAUUGGGAGUCGUGUAAUAACCCAGAUCUUAUUAGGAAGCUUAAUGUAAAGGAACCCUUAGGAGGCAGUGAUCAUAAUAUGAUUGAAUUCAUACUACAAUUUGAGAGGGAGAAGCAUAAGUCACAUGUAUCAGUAUCACAAUGGAAUAAAGGGAAUUACAGAGGCAUGAGGAAGCAGCUUUCCCGGGUGGAUUGGAGGAGGACAUUGGCAGGGAUGACGGCACACCAGGGGUGGCUGAGGUUUCUGGGAAAAUGCACAGGAUAGGUAUGCCCACAGAAGAAGUAGUUCUCAAAUAGCAGUGGUAGGCAACCGUGGCUGACAAGGGAAAAUAAGGAUUGCAUAAUAGCCAAGGAAAGGGCAUAUAAGGUAGCAAAAAUGAUUGAGAAGUUAGAUGAUUGGGAAGCUUUUAAAAUCCAAUGAAAGGCAACUGAAAAGCUACAAGAAUGGAAAAAAUGAAAUACGAGGGCAACUAGCCAAUAAUAUAAAGCAGGAUACUAAAAGUUUUUUUCAAUUAUAUUAAGAGUAAAAUGGAGGUGAGAGUUGAUUUUGAACCACUGGAAAUUGAUGCUGGUGAGGUAGUAAUGGGGGACAAAGAAAUGGCAGAUGAACUUCAUGGGUACUUUGCGUCAGUCUUCACUGUGGAAGACACUAGCAGUGUGCCAGAGGUCCAUGAGAGUCAGGGAGCAGGAGUGAGUCCCACAGCUAUUACAAAAGAAAAAGUGCUAGCCAACUUGAAAGGUCUUAAGGUGUAUAAAUCACCUGGAUCAAAUGAACUACAUCCCAGAGUCCUGAAUGAGGUUGCAGAAGAGAUAAUGGAUGCAUUGGCCAUGAUCUUUCAAGAAUCAUUUGAUUCUGGCAUGCUCCCAGAGGACUGGAAGAUUGCAAGUGUCAUUCCACUCUUUAAGAAGGGAGGAAAGUAAAAGGAAGGAAAUUAUAGGCCAAUCAGCCUAACCUCCACAACAGCUCUAGAAAAUCUGCCCACAAGGAUAUUGGUCCCCCACAGGUUCAGGUGUAACCUGUCCUUUAUGUACAGGUGAUACCUUUUUCAGAAGAGAUCCCAAUGAUCCACAAAUCUGAACAUCUGCCCCCUGCACCAAUUCCUCAGCCACACAUUCAUCUCCCAAAUCAUCCCAUUCUUACCCUCAAUGGCAUGUGUCAAGGUAUAGGCAGCAAUCCAGAGAUUACUACCCCUGAGGUCAUGCAUUUCCAUUUCCUAUCAAACUCCCUAAAUUCUCUGUUUAGGUCCUCAUCCCUUUCCUACCUACAUCAUUGGUACCAACAUGUACUAUGACUUCUGGCUGCUCAAACUCUCCCUUAAGAAUGCUGUGCACCUGAUCUGAGACCUCCCCGAUGCCAGGACCUGGUAAGAAAACAUACCAGCCUAGAAUCCCUUUCAGAUCCACAGAAUCUUCUGCCUAUUCAAAGGUUCAUUUUGUUAUGAAUGUACGUAUGCAGAAUUCAACUCUAUGAGAUUUGUCUGUUCCCAACUAUUGAUUUCUCUUUCACCACUGCACUCCUCCCCAUUUCUCUUCUGAGCCCCAGUGCGAGGCUUAGUGCUGGAGACCUAGUCAUUAGGGAUUUUCCAUGGUGAAUCGUCCAAAGCAGUAUACUUAUUGUAGAGGGGAACAACCACAGGAUACUCCGCACUACCUGCCUAUUCCCUUUCCCUCUUCUGACAGUCACCUAGGGAAUUGCACUCUGAAACUUGAGGUGAUUACUUCCCUGUAGCUCAUUCUGUCACCUCCUCAUUCUCCCAUACGAGCCAUAGGUCAUCAUACAGAUGGAUGCCCUUCACACACAGAUAGUUAUGAAGAAAUCUGGCCGUUUCACAAAACUCCAACAUCUGACAUGAAGAACACACCACCGACCCUGGAUCCAUUCUCACUACUACAAGUAGUUUUCUCCCACAGUUCAACAAUGUACCAGUUAGCAGUUUAAUUGGUCAUUGGAAAUUGUCCUGUGAUUAGGCUAGGGUUAAAAAGAUGGGUUGCUAGGUGGUGUGGCUCGAUAGGCUGCAAGGUCCUGUUCCACACUCUAUCUCUUAAUAAAUAAUAAAUAAUGUAGGGACAAAAUAGAUAAGUAAAGAAAAAACAUACCAGAAUCUUAUCUCGGGGGUGUGUGCUUAGCCCUCUGCUCUACUCUCCAAAUACACAAGACUGUGUGGCCAGGCAUAGCUCAAAUACCAUCUAUAAAUUUGCUGAUGAUACAACCAUUGUUGGUAGAAUCUCAGGUGGUGACAAGAGGGUGUACAAGAGUGAGAUACGCCAACUAGUGAAGUGGUGCCACAGCAACAACCUGGAACUCAAUGUCAGUAAGACAAAAGAGCUGACUGUGGACUUCAGGCAGGGUCAGAUGAAGAAACACAUACCAAUCCUCAUAGAGGGAUCAGAAGUGGAGAGAGUGAGCAGUUUCAAGUUCCUGGGUGUCAAGAUCUCUGAGGAUCUAACCUGGUCCCAACGUAUCGAUGUAGUUAUAAAGAAGGCAAGACAGCAGUUAUACUUCAUUAGGAGUUUUAAGAGAUUUGGUAUGUCAAUAAAUACACUCAAAAACUUCUAUAGUUGUACUGUGAAGAGCAUUCUGACAGGCUGCAUCACUGUCUGGUAUGGGGGGAGCUAUUGCACAGGACUGAAGGAAGCUGCAGAAGGUUGUAAAUCUAGUCAGCUCCAUCUUGUGCACUAGCCUACAAAGUACCCAGGACAUCUUCAGGGAGCGGUGUCUCAGAAAGGCAGCGUCCAUUAUUAAGGACCUCCAGCACCCAGGACAUGCCCUUUUCUCACUGUUACCAUCAGGUAGGAGGUACAGAAGCUUGAAGGCACACACUCAGCGAUUCAGGAACAGCUUCUUCCUCUCUGCGAUCCGAUUCCUAAAUGGACAUUGAGUCUUUGGACACUACCUCACUUUUUUUAAAACAUACAGUAUUUCUGUUUUUGCACUGUUUUUAGUCUAUUCAAUAUAUGUAUACUGUACUUGAUUUACUUGUUUAUUUAUUAUCAUUUUUAUUCCAUUUUUUUCUCA